AUAAACGAAGCACAUUUUAUUCUCAGCGACAUGGCUCGUACUAAGCAGACCGCUCGUAAAUCUACCGGUGGGAAGGCUCCCCGGAAACAGUUAGCUACCAAAGCUGCUCGUAAAAGUGCGCCUGCAACGGGAGGAGUGAAGAAACCUCAUCGUUAUAGGCCUGGAACUGUAGCACUCAGAGAAAUUCGAAGAUACCAAAAAAGUACGGAACUCUUAAUCCGUAAAUUACCUUUCCAACGUCUCGUACGUGAAAUAGCUCAAGACUUCAAAACCGAUCUUCGUUUCCAAAGUUCUGCUGUGAUGGCUUUGCAAGAAGCCAGCGAAGCUUACCUUGUUGGACUUUUCGAGGAUACCAACUUGUGUGCUAUUCAUGCCAAACGAGUUACAAUCAUGCCAAAGGACAUCCAACUCGCUCGUCGUAUUCGUGGAGAAAGAGCUUAAGUUUUAAGGCGCUCCACCUUUUACACAACAAUCGGCCCUUUUCAGGGCCCCAUUUUUUUUAAAUCGAAGAACACUUUCGUGAUCAUUUUAUUAAAACUUCAAAUAUACUGUACUCAUAUCAUUAGAAACUAUAACUUCCACCUUUGAAAAAGAAUCAUAAAAGGUUCAAAAAGAUAUUUUUACCAUGAAAGUGAAAUCCUGAAUGUAUACUAUAAUACACUCAAUUUGGAAUUUAGUUCGAAGCUGCAGGGAGCCGAGAUUUUCUAAUACAAAGUAGAUCCUAAGUAUUCGGCAGAAUGUCUGAAACGAAUGUUCCGCAGCUACGUUGGUGCUGUUCUUUGUUCGUAGCUGUACAGUUUGCCUUGGAGCAAAAUCCCGAACAUCCCGAUAUUUGUCAAAUGUAUUUUUUCAGCCGCCUGAAGAUCGAAUAUAGAAAAAUAGAAGUGCCCCUGAUCAAAAAUAAUGAUGAUCUUGAAAAAACUAUGAAAAAUAAUCGGACAAAAAAAUUUGUCUGCUACGGUAUUCCUUCUCCGAUACCGUUUAAAUUAUACUAUAGAUAUUUUUUGUACCAUUAAAAAUAAAGGAAAUAUUUAGGUGGCCUCCUUUAGCUGAGACACCCUGAAUAUUAGAAACACUACUUUUAGUCAGAAUAAUAUAAUAGACGUCAUCGGACCCAUAGGCCUGUAACUGUUUAUACCUAAAGGCCUCGAUAAUAAACUGUAU